AUGAAGGGAAGAAAUUGGGUCACCGGGACUUUGGUUUUCGCUGUCGUCACAGCUGCACUAGGUUCCUUCCAGUUUGGAUAUGAUAUUGGCGUGAUCAACGCACCUCAAGAGGUAAUAAUAUCCCAUUAUGAAUAUGUUUUGGGUAUUCCACUGGAAGACCGAAAAGCUAUCAACAACUAUACUAUCAACAGUACAAAUGACCUGCCCACAAUCCCAUACCUAAGGGAUUCAACACCAACCUCUUUGGCGGAGGAAGAGACUACAACAUCUACUAGCCUCAUCACCAUGCUCUGGUCCUUGUCUGUGUCUAGCUUUGCAGUUGGUGGAAUGAUUGCAUCCUUCUUUGGUGGGUGGCUUGGAGACCAGCUUGGAAGAAUCAAAGCCAUGUUGGUAGCAAAUGUUCUCUCAUUAGCUGGAGCUCUCUUGAUGGGGUUUUCCAAACUGGGACCAUCUCACAUUCUUAUAAUUUCAGGAAGAAGCAUAUCAGGACUCUAUUGUGGGCUAAUUUCAGGCUUGGUUCCAAUGUACAUUGGUGAAAUUGCUCCGACCACACUCAGGGGCGCCCUUGGCACACUUCACCAGCUGGCCAUUGUCACAGGCAUUCUCAUUAGUCAGAUUGUCGGCCUCAACUUCAUCUUGGGCAGUCAUGAGCAGUGGCAUAUCCUGCUUGGUUUGUCUGCUCUGCCAGCCAUCCUCCAGUCUCUGCUGCUCCUCUUCUGUCCUGAAAGCCCCAGAUACCUUUACAUCAAGUUGGAUGAGGAAGUCAAAGCAAAGAAAAGCUUGAAAAGACUCAGAGGAAGUGAUGAUGUCACCAAAGACAUCACUGAGAUGAGAAAAGAAAAGGAAGAAGCAUCAAGUGAACAAAAGGUCUCCAUAAUUCAGCUCUUCACCAAUUCCAGCUACCGACAGUCUAUUAUAGUGGCAUUGAUGCUGCAUAUGGCCCAGCAAUUUUCUGGAAUCAAUGCGAUAUUUUACUACUCAACCAGCAUUUUUCAGACUGCUGGAAUCAGCCAACCUGUUUAUGCAACCAUUGGAGUUGGUGCCGUCAACAUGGUUUUCACUGCUAUCUCUGUAUUCCUUGUGGAGAAGGCAGGGCGACGCUCUCUGUUUCUAAUAGGAAUGAGUGGGAUGUUUGUCUGUGCUAUCUUCAUGUCCGUGGGACUUAUACUACUGAAUAAGUUGGCUUGGAUGAGUUACGUGAGCAUGGUAGCCAUCUUCCUCUUUGUCAGUUUCUUUGAAAUUGGGCCAGGCCCCAUCCCCUGGUUCAUGGUGGCGGAGUUCUUUAGUCAAGGACCACGGCCUGCUGCUUUAGCAAUAGCUGCAUUCAGCAACUGGACCUGCAAUUUCAUUGUAGCUCUGUGUUUCCAGUACAUUGCGAAGUUCUGUGGACCUUAUGUGUUUUUCCUCUUCGCUGGAGUGGUCCUGGCCUUUACUCUGUUUACAUUUUUCAAAGUUCCGGAAACCAAAGGAAAGUCCUUUGAGGAAAUCGCGGCAGAAUUCCGAAAGAAGAGUGGCUCAGCCCAAGCGCCCAAAGCCGCCGUGGAAAUGGAAUUCCUUGGAGCCUCAGAGACUGUGUAA